CAUGGGGCGGAGCGGCCCGGCCGAGCUCUCUGUGCGGCGGGAUGCAGCGGCCCGAGGCCCGGCCACGUCAGCACCCCGAGGGGGCUGCCCCGGGGGGCGGAGGCGGCGGGGACCGGACAGCUGCAGCAGCCGCCGCGGGAGCCAUGGACCCCACGAGGCUGCUGUUUCAGGAGCCUUCCCUCUACACAGUCAAGGCCAUAUUCAUCUUGGACAAUGAUGGACAGCGACUCUUAGCCAAGUACUACGAUGACACCUUUCCAUCCACGAAAGAACAGAAGACCUUUGAGAGGAGCGUUUUCAAUAAAACCCACAAAACUGAUAGUGAGAUCGCCUUUCUGGAGGGGCUGACCAUUGUCUAUAAAAGCAGCAUUGACCUCUUUUUCUACGUGGUGGGGAGUUCCCAGGAAAAUGAGCUGAUGCUAGUGGCAGUUCUCACCUGUCUCUUCGACUCCCUCAAUCACAUGUUACGGAAGAAUGUAGAGAAGCGCUCCCUGCUGGACAACCUGGACGGGGUGUUCCUUGUGGUGGAUGAGAUCGUCGACGGGGGCGUGAUUCUGGAGAGCGAUCCUCAACAAGUGAUCCAGAAGGUGAACUUCAGGACGGUCUCGGAGCCUGCGGCAUACGGGUGGACGACAGCCCUCUGUCUGAGCAAAGCGUCGCCCAGGUUCUGCAAUCUGCCAAAGAGCAAAUUAAAUGGUCCUUAUUAAAGUGAACGUCCCAGAGGAGAGCGCCUGGAUCUUCCUGAUUGGAUGGGUCUGAACCGCGACGGCAAAUGAUUCCUCACCUUAUUCGAUUAGCCGUUUGCAAAUUGGCAUGAAAAGUCUGAUAAAAGCUUUGGGGUAGGAUGCAAGAUGGCUGACAUGGGCCGUGCCUCCUGGGGGAACUCCAGCCUUUCACGGACACUGCUUUAAACCCGGUCUCAGUGCCAUGAAAUUCUCUGCAUGCUAAAGGGGAGGGUUGGGGUUGGGAGAAUUGACUGGUUAACAGACCAAAUUCUGCUCCUUAAACCAGUGUAAAUGUGGAGUGACGUCAAUGGGGUUAGUUCAGGUGUAACUGAGAGCAGAACCUGGCCCAAGAUCCAUAAAGAAUGACAGAACUCCUCAGGAAUGAAUAGGAGGGUUGAUCAUUUGUAUUUACACCACCUAAAGCGCUGCGUGAGAGUCAAUUACAAUUUGUUUGGUAUGAGCAGAGCCAGAACAUACUAUAGUUGAAUCUUCAGUUUCACCAGUAAAGAGCUGGCUGCUUUUUUUGCGGGGCUGUCACUAGUGCCUGUACCCUUGUUGAUGCAGCGAGCCAAUGCUUGCUUGCUGCUCAGUGAGGGUUGAGCCUGAGACUUUCAAAACCAUAGGAAGGGAUUUGCUUGCCCUUUUCUCAUUCAAACAGCUGGGGCUUGGGCAUCCAGGUCCCCCUAAGCUCUUUGGAAUAUCUCAGCCACGUCCAAAAUCUCUUCCGCUGUCUCCCAAGGCAACCAACGUUUUGAUCCCUUUUGGGGAUGGCCAGGCCUGUGCAGAGGGUCAGCAUGAAGUAAGUGCCACUGUCUCGUCCUCUCACGUGCAGGGUGGAGAUGAGUGCACAGGAAUCAUUGUCACCCUGUCAGAGUAAGAUUCAAAACAUCCCAAUGAUGAGCACUAAUAACCCCCCCUCCCCAAAAUACCCUCUUACAAGGCGCUUUUCAUCAGUAGAUCUCAAAGCACUUUACAAAGGAGGUCAGGUCAUUAUACAGAUGGGGAAACUGAGGCACAGAGCAGGGCAGUGACUUGCCCAAGGUCAUCUAGUAGGCCAGUGGCAGAGCUCGGAAUAGAAUCCAGGUCUCCUGAGUCCCAAUCCAGCACUCCAGCCACUAGGCAGUACUGCCUCCCUCGUGCAGUUUUGGCUGUUGUUAACUUUGUAAAAACAAUCCUAUUGCAAAUAGCUGUCGGCUCAAACAUCAUUAAAGGACCCAGCUAUGGGAAAAAUCCUAUUUCCAGAGCUAUCAUUUCCUUCCCUUUAACACCCCAGAUUAUCAAUAGCAAGAAAAAAAUGAAAAUCGAAUGAAGGAGAAUUGGCUAGCUGUGUGAUACUUACCUCAUCAAGGGCUUGGUACGUUUCAAUCCACUUCUGUAAACUGGGCAUGCCCAGCUUCUUUUAUGAUCAACAAAUAAAGUUUUAUAGCACAUGG